UCAAGAUUGAGGAGGACCAAACGGUUACUAUCUACGAAGACGAGAACUAAGACGCCAACCGCUUUGCAGGUGUUGGUUUUGGAAUCCCGCCCUUGGUUUUAGGGAAAAGCGGAUUGACGGUUGAACGAAUGUAAUGCACGAUACCAGACAGAAGUGGGCAACGGAUUGGAUUGAGGGCGGGAGGCCGACACAUUCGUUUUAACCGGAGUCACUGGCGUCAGGAGUUAUCUUCAGCACUUUACCGAAAUAAAUGUCACUGUGCCGAAUUCGUAUGGCCUCGAUGUUUCGUCCGAUGCCAUCCAUGAAUGAGCUCUCCGAUCAAGGCCAAUCUCGGUUUGUGCAAUCCACAACUUAUCUCACGAGGUGUACUCUCUACACCCGUUUCGCCAAUGCGUUGUUUCUGGUGGGAGUGCGGGGAUGGGUGAAGGGAGUCGGUAGUCACGUACGACGUACAUCAAAAACGGAUUAUCGGAGCACCGUUCAUGCGAGCUUUUUUGUGUGUUUGCAUUUCCUGAAGUUCAGGGUGGUUACGACGCAACCAAGCCGUACUGUAAAAGUAUUGCUACUGCGUCCUACCUUGUUUCGCACUUGGGAGCCAAAAUCUGGGUUUCCUGAUGGGAUGGAUGAUCAGAACAUACGAAGUAAAGCCCGAUACCUAGAUCAAAAUUACAGGCACCUGGAGGAUGCGCGUCAGGUUCCCGACUAGUGUUUCUGACAUUUCGACUUUGUAUUAAUUGGGAAGAUUGGUGGAUCACAGAGGAGGCCAGAGCGUUGUGAGAGAUGAUAGGUAUUUGACGACAUGGAAUCAGCACCACUA